AUGAAGCAUGGCGCCAAUUGCGGUUCGACUUGGACAAGGACCGGCAGGAGCUCAACGUCGCUAGCAAGAAGAUUGGAAAGCUCAGGACAGGCAGAGGAGGAGGCGCAGAAGCUCAUGGAUGGCACGAACGAGAGCAAGAAGUGUCAGGCUGCCAUGGAAGCCGAGGAGCGGGAGGCAAAGGCCAAGCUUGAAGCCAAGCUCAUGACUAUUGGCAACAUCUUGCAUGAAUCUGUGCCCGUUAGCGACGACGAGGCCAACAAUGUUCUCGUGCGUGGAUUUGGAGAGAGGAGGGUGGGUGGAAAACUCAUGAACCACGUGGAUCUUUGCAUAGCAACUGACAUUGUCGAGUUUAAGAAGGGUGUUGCAGCUUCAGGUGGAAGGGGCUUCUAUUUGUUAGAGGAAGGUGCCCUCCUGAAUGAGGCACUGCAAAGAUUCUGCAUAGCUUUCCUGAGAAAACGAGGCUAUAAGGCGAUCCGUACUCCACAUAUCAUGACGAAGGAAGCCAUGGGAAAAUGUGCUCAGCUAUCACAAUACGACGAGGAGCUUUACAAAGUGGAAGGAGAAGGGAAGUUCUUUAUCGCCACGGCGGAACAACCAUUGGCCGUCCUUCAUCAAGGUGAGCAGUUUCAUCCUGAUCAGUUGCCAAUUAGGUACGUUGGCUUCUCAACGUGCUUUCGGAAAGAAGCUGGUUCACACGAGUUCGAAAAGGUUGAACAGUUCUGCAUCACAAGCCCAGAUGGCAAUGAUUCAUGGGAAAUGCACGAAGAGAUGAUAGCAGGCCAUGUUGUCAGUGUUGUAUCAGGUGCUCUUAACAACUCCGCGGCGAAGAAGUAUGACCUACAGGGAACUAGUGUCAUGCUCAAAUUGUACAGACUAUCAAGCAAGGAGGCUCGGAAUGACCUAUGGCCAGAGAAAGCAUGGUGA